AUAGAGCGGGAUUUCGCCUGGUGCUGGUUUUUGCGCUGGUUUCUGUUUGUACCUUCGUUUGUUCGUUCGGUUGUUCGUUCGACGUUCCGAUGUCAAAUAGAUCAGUUGCAGUGAUCACGAUGGAGAAGUUGGUUCGGUUUUCGGUGACCGGUCUAAUUCUUCUGCAGGUGUUGGGUAGUGUGCGAUGUGAUACUGCGCAGGGUUCACUCAACAAUGGCGAUCCGUGCGUCACUCCGAUCGGUACCGAGGGCAUUUGCCAGCCAGUGCGACAGUGUCCUUUUAUAAUGGACUUUCGAAAAUCUUCUAAUCUAACGUACAUCGAAAAUGAUUAUCUGGAGAGUUUAAAGUGUGGUGAGAUGGUUAAAUCACCCAAGCUACCUCCCAUCCCGUUGAUGUGCUGUCCCAAGCAUAAAAAUGAGGAAAACUGUGGUCCACAAUUCCUUGCCACUCGCAUCAUAGGAGGAGAAGAGGCCGAUCCGGGGGAUUUCCCGUGGGCAGCGUUGUUGUUCUAUGACACGGGCCGGAAUCGCACGGUGCCAAAUUGCGGUGGAACGCUAAUCACCAAUAACCAUGUGAUAACGGCGGCGCACUGUGUUGUCGAUCGCCCAAAAUGGACGCUGAAAUUCGUACGCUUCAAUGACUUUAACAUCAGCAGCACGGAGAACUGCACCGAGUACAACAACAAAACGGUGUGUCGCGAUGAUUACCUGGUGGACAAGAUCAUUCCACAUCCGGAGUACAACAUGAAGCUAAAAUCCCGGCCCAACGAUAUCUGUUUGCUGUGGUUGGCUAGGGAAGUUGUGGUUACGGAUUUUUUAAUACCGAUCUGUCUGCCACUGUCCUCCGAGCUGCAGAAGUUACCGGUCGUCGGUGAAGAGUUUGUAGUUGCCGGAUGGGGCGCGACAGAAAAUAGAUUAAUGAGUGAGGUUUUGCUGUACGUGGAACUACCAGGAGUAGAUAAUGAGGCCUGCAAUAGUGUAUACUCUGUGGCAAAUGUAACGCUGACGGAUAAACAGCUUUGCGUUGGCGGACUGAAGGGGUUGGACUCCUGCAGAGGGGAUUCUGGUGGGCCACUGAUGAGACAGGAAGGAUUUCGCAGCUAUCUGGUCGGUGUCGUUAGUUUCGGAGCGAGAAACUGUGGCACCGAAAACCUGCCCGGUGUUUACACCAACGUAGUCAAAUAUCUGAACUGGAUCGAAACACAGAUCUUUGCGGGACAAUUUGUGUAGCGGCUCCCCCUCGGGGCGAAGUGACAAGGUCCGGACAGACCAAAGUGUGUUGGAAAUAUUAGUUUUAACAACGAAUCGAAGAAACAACAUAAACUAUAGC